AGCUGGUUGCUGGGUGUUGGUGAAGAGAUACUUUGAUUCAAUGAACUUUGGGUCCUUAAAUUAAUGCAACAAAGCAUCUGCGCUUCUUCAUUACUGUCCGGGAUUUUCCUUGGAAAACAUGGCUUUUUAAAUUUUGAGGACCCUCAACUCGAAACGCCGUGCUUUGCAUUUGCAACGCACCCCAAAACAAGAACAUUUUUAGCAAGAAUGGAGUCUCACCAUGCCCACCCAGCUCUGUCCCUCGUGUCUCAUCUCACGAACUCUCAAGCGUUGUGCACGUUCGGCCUUUUGAAUCGAAGCGGACAGAAUGAUGGCGACAUCGGUUCCUCUCUGGAAGACUCUCCUCGUCUGCCCGGUGGACCCCCUCGAUCUCUCUCCCCCACAGGCUAACCACAGCCAAUUGCAGGGGAGGACGGGGGAGGAGCCAGAGGAGAGCCAGCGCUUAAGUGGCGAUGGUCUCACAGACUGGAUGACGGAAGAAGUUGAUUUUUCCUCUUACCUCCCUACCCCUCACUCCUCUCCCUCUCCCAAUUCCUCCAUCCCCCCUUCGCCCCUUCAGCAUGACAUCCAGGUACCAUCUGAUUUGGAGGUCAUGACCUCUCUGCUGCAGGAGGAACUAGCUCAGUUGGAGGAUUACUUCCUGUCGGACUCAAUCCCCGAAAAAGUAGGAAAAUUGGGAAAAUGUGACAAAAUUCCUUCAGUAGUGGGCCCCCAAUCAUACUACCAGUUGCCCUAUGCUUCGUACAAUUCUAACCAAUCAGAAUCCAGCCCACUUCUUGUUACCCUGGCAACUGGGGAGCUAGACCUGCUGAGCUUUUGCGGCGGCCCCAUUGGCCGACCCAAAACCCCUAGACAUGCCCCUUACAACUGCAGUCGCCCUAUUAGCAAUGGUCGUAAGAGAGUUUCUGAUGGUAUGAGGGCGGGGGAGGGAAUAGAGAAUAGUAUCUGGAGUUCCAAAGGAAAUAACUCAGGUAGCCCAGAGGUGACCAUUAAUGGGAACUACUGCUGUGUUGAGGGUGAAAAAUUUGGGAAGGGAUAUUGUGUUGGUGGUGCGGUUGACAUCCGAAAAUGCACCAUAUUGCCAAAAGAGGAAAAAAGUUGUUUCAUGGAAAGUACUACUAAUGGUGAGAAGAUGUUUGGAGGGUAUGGUUUUAGUGGGCCACUGGAUGUCCCACACAAGAAAGAAGACCAGUUGAUGUAUGGUGCAAAGGAGGUUAGCGGUAGCGAUGACAGCAUGGAAAUGGAGACGUUUCAUGAGAGCAAAAGUUGCGAUGUGGCGAAAGCUAUCCCUUGGAAGACCGAGACAGGUGAGGGCUGCUUUCUUCAUGCCACGGCGGACGCCUACCACAGUUUUCUGGGUGUGGUAGAUGAGUCUAUGAGAGCAGGGGUCGUGGAGGUAGGGCACCGGCAUGGUGGGUUCCAUGCUGGCUUCCUGGAAGACCAAAGCUCCAAGUGCCACGGCGAAGGGAUUGAGCUGGGGUCGUCUGCUGGCCUGCCAGCACAAGGACUCAAGGAAGAUCCUGGUACCGUCAAGCCGGAGCAUGACACUGCCCCGCUGGAAGUCCAAAAUGGCGAGCGCAAGCAGAAGAAGAGAGACCAGAAUAAGACUGCAGCUCACAGGUAUCGCCAGCGGAAGAGGGCCGAGCUGGACUCCCUGGAGGAGCAGCUGCAUGGGCUGGAAGGGCGGAACCGUGAGCUCCGGGACAAGGCGGAAUCUGUCGAGAGAGAGAUCCAGUAUGUCAAGGACCUUCUUAUUGAGGUCUACAAGGCCCGCAGCCAGCGGCUCAAGCAGGACACCAGCGCCUAACCCGGGCCAAGGCUCCUCCAUAAUGGUUUUGAAGGCAACAGCAGAUGGAAAAGUAGUGGGAAAUGAGGUCGGAAGGCGGUGAUAUAAUGUAGUGUUUGUGUUUUUUUUUUUUUCUUUUUUCCUCUUUGGCUUAUGGCUAAGAAAUCGAGAGGCAACCAGCUAUGUACUUCCUACUUUUGCACUGUGUACAAUGUGCUGAUUUACAUUGUAAAAGCAGGAGCCGAUAAUGCCCACCAGCACUGUGAAGCUGUGAUGUUUUAGAAUACCACAAUGUUAGCACAUCUCUUCCGAUCGGGUGGUAAUCAACCAAGACAAGAUCUCAUCUAGCACAUGUAUGAAAGGCGUUGCACCUAACCUUCUCAUGCAGCGUUGCAUGCUGGCUUUCCGCCCGGCAUGCCUUGAAUUGGCUGGAUUGUGUCUGCUUCGUGUCUCAUAUUUUUACUAUUAUUAUUAUUAUUUUUAUUUUUAUUUCUUCUGUGAAAUAUUUGUUGGGGGCUGAGUAACUUUGGGUGUUGUCUGUUGGGUUCUUGCGGGCAUCGGAGACCGUCAUGCGGGCGCGUCGCACACUCCACGGUCCAGUAACGCUCGCGAAACAGGUGGGGAUGUUUCGCCACAGGCCUCAGCAACGUCCACGUCGAAGCAAUGUCCUCUCUCGGGUAGUGCUGGGAUACCCCCUCUACACCUAACCAUUGGUGCAAGGACAUUUCAAAGUUACUCACUCACCCCCCAACUAUUUUCCGGGGGCGGGGGGGAGGGCCCAUGUCCGUAAUGCAUGUCUGAAAGAAUAAACGCGCAUGCUAGUCCGUUACUCAAGAGUGAAUGUUAGAGAACAUAAGUGUCCAUGUCUGCAUGGCUUCCCAUACACAACUUUAUAACUGAAUGUUUCUAUGAGUGACGCUUGCUACUGUGCACAAGUAGAACAGCUCAUGACAAUUAGCCUUAGAUUGCUCCCUCUCUAAGACAAUUUAUAUCUGUCAUUUACCAGGAUAGCUUCCUUUCACAGUGACCCUCUCCCUCCACCCAUUAUUUAACCCUCAGUUCGAUUGCUAUAUCUGCGAAAACAAUCACAGUUAAUACUUUUAUACAGAUAUUGUGCUCUGAUUAGUAUGACUUUUAAAAUUGUAUUUUGAGGGGAGAUUUUUUAGGUGUUACACCAAGUCACUGUUUUUAUAUUUUUUCACUAGAAUAUGUAUGAUAGCUUGUGAUGUUGGCAUUUGGAUUUUUUGCUUCUAAAGCUGCAGUGUCCUCACUCACGUUUUGAUCAGACUUAAAUUGGCGCUAAAAAAUAUUACGUGCCUUUUUUUUUGACUUGCACUUUUAUUCGGUGCUAAUGCAUAUAAAACUAAUGGUGAAAAUAUUUAUUUCAAACAGCGUACUGGCGAAACUGGACUGUGUAAUAAAAGCAGAACAUAAAGCCCCAGUGUAAAUUUAGCUGGGAGAAAAUCCACGUCAGUGUAACCGCUUAGGUUUUAUUUUCAUUUAUCAAAAGUGAAUUAAUUUUGAAGAUGGCAGAUUUUCUCAAUGACACCUGUAACGCUGUUUAUACACGUGUGAAAUGUAAGUUAAAAAUAAAUGUGAAAUAAAGGUGAUUUAAUAAAGUAGCGGGUAAAAUCUGUAUGCCAGAAAACAACGUUUGAGUGUGACCCGAAAAGUGUGGUAAGAUCAGUCACUUUUUUUUCUUCAGAAAACCGAGUAGGACACUGUAUCCAUUCGUGAAUGCUUUGACAACAUCUUGGCGAUGCACAAUCAUCUGUUUUAAAAUGGCUAAUAUGCAACGCAAUUUUAUGUCAUUUUGUGAUAUCCUUGAAUUUGAGUGUUCUAAUAUUUGAGCUGUGUGUUUUGUUUUAUAUAGCAGGACGUAGGUGUAAAAUACAUUGAGCUGUCCACUUUCAUAUAAAAUAAUUCAAUGUAUCGUCUCCAGGUAUUUACUUCGUGUAAGAUGUCAUUUCUUUAAUUCAAAUAAAGUGGCUUGUGUCAGCGAUAA